AUGAAUCAGGCUCAGCCGUACAUGGAUGUUCAUUCCCAUAUGUCCUCCGCUCAACCUUACGCUUCACAAGCCGCCACCGCUGGUGCCAUGUCGCACUACCCUUACCACCAGCAACCCCCGGUGCUGCAGCCUGCAUCAUCCUAUGCUCCGCACUCUUACCCGCAGUACGGCUAUCCCAAUGGUGUGACGUCCCCGCCAACAGGACACCCGCCCCCUGCGAGCUCCAUGGCCGGUCAGAUGCCCGCUCAGCUGUUGCCUCUCCCUGUGAACCAUUCCGCGGCCCCACCGGGAUACGGAAACAACACCGGAGCUCCGUUGCAAGGCUUCGUCUACGAUACCACGGGCCAGGUCGCACCUCCAGGAGCCAAGCCUCGCGUCACAGCUACUUUGUGGGAGGAUGAGGGUAGUCUCUGCUACCAAGUGGAAGCCAAGGGAGUCUGCGUCGCUCGGAGAGAGGACAACCACAUGAUUAACGGCACAAAACUACUGAACGUGGCUGGCAUGACCCGUGGCCGUCGCGAUGGAAUCCUGAAGAGCGAGAAGUUACGCCAUGUCGUGAAAAUUGGCCCGAUGCAUUUGAAGGGUGUCUGGAUUCCGUUUGAGCGCGCAUUGGAGUUUGCAAACAAGGAGAAAAUCACUGAUCUUUUGUAUCCGCUCUUCGUGCAUAAUAUUGGUGGUCUGCUGUACCACCCGGCAAAUCAGACUCGGACCAACUUGGUGGUGCAAGAAUCCCAGGCUCGACGCAUGGAAGGUCCCCCAACUGGACCCCAGCGUACCCCGACCGCACCUCAGCCAUCGACUCUGCACCAUCACGCGAUGCAGACCCCAAUGUCCUCGCACAUGUCUCAACCAUCAUCCAUGGGCGGUGGCCCGCGGCCCGGCCUUGACCGCGCGAACACCUUUCCCACCCCGCCCGCCAGGAAUGAACUCGGGGGUGCCACAGUCACAGCAGCCUCUGUCAAUCGACACCGCGCUGAGCAACCAACGUUCCAUGCCGACCACCCCAGCCACUACUCCCCCGGCAACAACAUGCAGGCCAUGCCCCCAUAUCAAGCUCAGUCUGGCUAUGAAAGCAAGCCCUACUACUCAGCUGCGCCUCCAAACCACUCCCAGUACGCACCACAGACGCCGAUGACACAGUCCGGCCUCUCCAGCUAUGGACAAACAUUGCCAAAUGUGAACUACCUGAAGAACGAGAUGGCGCCUCCGACAGGUCGGGCUCCUGGUGCCCCUGAGACCGAUAAUUCUGAUCUCAAAUCCGACCGCUACUCCCAGAGCAAUGGUCCCGGUGAUUCAGUCUCGGAGCAGGAACCGGAGUACCUGCAAGAUCAAGGGACCGGCUAUAACCCCAAUCGCGGCUCGUAUACCUACACCACGAACCCUUCCGUCGGAUCUCUCGCCGGUGAACACCCACAGCUGACCCCCGAGAUGACGGGAUCCCCCCAGCAAAAUGGCUCGGGCCGAAUGACCCCCCGAACCAGCGGUGGUCCUCCACCUCACUGGGCUUCUGGGUAUAACACUCCCCCUCGCCCCCCGGCUGCAACUACCCUGUAUAAUGCAGUCAGCGAUACCCGUGGCACGCCCGUUAAUGGUGCCUCCGACCCAUACUCCAUGGCCUCCACCACCACCCCGGUAUACUCCACCUCGAUGGGUGGCUCCCUGGGCUCAGGCAGCAAGCGCAUGCGCGAGGAAGACGAUGUGAUCCGGCCCGAAAGCGGCGGCGAGUACGAAAGCAAGCGCCGCAAGACCAUCACUGACACAAGCCUUGGUGGCCCCGUGGGCGCUGCCCCGAUCCUGCAGCCCAUGAAAACCGGCGCAGUGAUGACGCGCCGUCGAUAA